AUGGGAUUGUUCUCUCCACUCAACAUCUUCAGCAUUCUCAACAUCAUAAGCGUUGUUGUCCGAUGUCUUUCUUUCCUGUCUCUCAUAAGUCUGUUCACUAUCGGUACAUCAGUACCAACAGAAUCAGAUGAAGAACGAGAACCACUAUUGCCCAAAGUCACAAUCACUUCACCCAGUACUCCAACUAGUCAGGAGUCUGGGUAUGGUUCAGCGCUUCAGGCCGAGGAAGAAGACGAGGAAACUCCGGAAUACAGCUGGGAACGCCGAGAGAGAGAGGCCAAGGAGGCUAUGCAAAAAAGGCUUGAAGAAGGCGGUGGUAAUUGGUUUGAGUACGCGAAGGGUUUUAAGGUUCUCUUCCCAUAUGUCUGGCCUGUUGGUAAUCUUGGUUUGCAGCUACGUGCUGCAGCUGUAUGCCUUUGCCUGUUCGCAUCCAACGCCCUUCAUCUUCUGAUCCCCCGUCAGACUGGUAUUAUUAUGGACAGUCUGAAUGGAUCCAGUACUAGCAAUCCUUGGAUAGCAGUCAUCAUAUUUGCAGCGCUUCGUCUGGCCGCGUCAGAAUCAGGCAUUGAGCUUGUUCGCCAGUGGCUAUGGGUUCCUGUCAAAUACUACUCCCAUGAUGCAUUGACACGAGCGGCUUACUCUCACAUGAUGCACCUCUCCGCGGAUUUCCACGAUUCAAAGAGCUCUUCGGAUAUGAUGAUGGCAAUUUACGGAGGCAGCGCAGUUUCCAACGUCGUUGAGAAUGUUUUGCUUUAUGCUGUUCCUAUGCUUAUCGACAUGGGCGUGGCAAUUGUCUAUCUUUCCAUCACCUUUGGCCCAUACGAAGGUCUUAUUACGGUGGCUACCGGUGUAUUCUUUCUUCUUAUUGCCAGUAGACUUGUGGCCAAUUCGAAGGUGGCCAGUCGAAAUCGUGUCAAUGCACUAUAUGAGGAACACUAUGUACGCCAAUCCGGUUUUCUCGGAUGGCAGACCGUCAGUGCCUUCAACCAGAUUGGCUAUGAGGAUAACCGACACGCCAAUGCAGUCACCAACCGUUGGCUUAGAGAGCAGCAAUAUGUGCUCGGGUGGUAUAUCUCUAUUGGGUUUCAGACUCUGGUCCUUACAUCUGGUCUUCUCGCAAGUGCGUUCCUGGCUGUAUACCGCAUCAAAGCCGGUCAUGCCACCCCUGGGCAGUUUGCAAUGCUCCUGAUGUAUUGGGCACAGUUGACGUCGCCACUUCAAUUCUUUGCAAAGUUGGGGAAGAACGUUAGCGACGACUUCAUCGAUGCUGAACGCCUGUUGGACAUCAUGAGAACCCAGCCAUCGGUCGAGAACCAAAAGGGGGCCAGGCCGCUGAAAUUUGUUGCUGGUGAAGUCGAUUUUGAGAAGGUAUCUUUCAGUUAUGACAAGAAGAAGGGCAUCAUCAAGGAUGUUAGCUUCCAUGUUCCUGCCGGACAAACUGUUGCGUUUGUUGGGGCCACAGGAGCAGGAAAAUCAACUCUUAUCAAAUUGUUAGAUCGGUUCUACGACGUGGGUGAUGGUCGAAUCUGCAUCGAUGGCCAGGACAUAAGAGACGUUGAUUUGUUCAGUCUUCGCGAUCGUAUUGGAGUUGUUCCUCAAAACCCGAUCUUGUUUGAUGACACAAUCAUGAACAAUGUACGAUAUGGGAGAAUCACCGCAAGCGACGAAGAAGUGUAUGACGCCUGCAAAGCGGCAUGCAUUCAUGAUAAGAUCAAAGGUUUCACCCAUGGAUACAGGACGCGUGUUGGAGAACGCGGCGUAAAACUGUCUGGCGGCGAGCUUCAGCGAAUUGCGAUAGCUCGAGCGAUGCUCAAGAAACCGGACAUUGUUCUUCUUGACGAAGCUACUAGCGCGGUAGACACGGACACCGAGCAGCAAAUCCAGGUGUCUUUCAGGCGACUAUGCGAGGGUCGAACUACCUUUAUCGUUGCGCACCGUUUAUCUACAAUCAUGAACGCCGACCGGAUCAUUGUGGUCGAGAAUGGAGAAAUCCUUGAGCAGGGUGACCAUGACGAACUCAUCGUGGCUGGAGGAAGAUAUGCGGAUCUUUGGUCAAAGCAAGUCUUUGUGCGAUCCAAGGAUGAAGACAAGGAUGCCUCAUCUGGUCAGGCAGGAUUCGUUAACGACCUAUCCUCGGAACAGACCAGGACCGAACUGUCAAAGGUCAACAAGCCUGCAACAGCCGCUAGUGAACAAGGAACAUCGUCUGCGGCCCAUGACAAUGGAGAUCAAGCCAUCGGUACCCCAACGCAAAAGCGAGAGGGAAACCGUUUGAAUCCUGUCGCCGCUACAUUUACUCCCAGAACACUGGCUAAGGCCAAGACGAUGGCGACCGAGACUUCCGAUGCAUCGACCAGGUCUACUGCUGAAGACGAGGCGAUGAACGGAAGCCGGAUUGCUUACGGCAACAAUCAUGUGGUACCACGAGGUGCCGCUUCUGACGAAAAGAAGCAAGCCUUUAUUGCAGCAGUUGAUCGUGCCCUGAAGAAUAAACGUACACGUCGUGGUGAUGCUGGUGAAAACACGGAGUCUGAGCAAGAUGCUGUAGAGAAUCAACAUGUCGAGUACAAGCGUCCGUACUAUUCUCGGCGUAAUCAAUCGAAGAGCGAGCCUUCGCACGGCUCAGACGAACCUGACGCGGACGGCGCAGUCUUAAAGUCCGCGAUUGGAAGUCCCACAUCACCAAUGCGACGUCGUGUUACACUGCCUCCUACUAAGGUUGCUACGGGGUCACAGAUACCUGUUCCCACCGAGGUCAAACAAGAGAGGCCCAUGGCUACCCAAGAGUUGACCGAUCACCGUAAUUCACUACCCCGGGAGUCACAGGCACAGAACCUGAGUCAAGCAACACGACAUAAUUCACGAGCCACCAGCGCAUCCGCACUGGCGAUGCCAAAGGCUCCGCAAAAGAAAAACGAGAUACUCACCCAAAACGAAACCAACAAUAGUACUAAGUCUGACAACGAGUCACCCGAACUUGAAAGGACUACAGUCGCCUCUGGACAGCGCGGGCGUGGACGCGGCGGUCGGCGAGGGCGUGCUCCGUGGUUCCGUGGCCGACGUGGCCGAGGAAGCUAUCGGGGAGGUUCGUCUAUCGGACAAGGUACCUGA